ACAACUGACUCUUUAUAGCGGAGGAACAAACCAUCUAACAUAGUGCUCCCUUGAAAGCGACUCGUUUGUUUUUCAACGCUGGCCUGUGUUUGUGGGAUACUCCAUCCCAAAUUUAAUUCGGCCGGGUUUGAAGGGUAUAGUCCGUGAGAAGGGCCGUCUGUUUGAAAGCGCGGUUAGGAUAACGGUUGUGUCUCGGUGGUUUCUCCUCGGGCUGUGUGUGAAGCCGUCGGCGCGGCGCUCCGGAGAGGGAGGGAGGGUCAACAUGGCGUCCGAGCAGGAAAUCCCAAAUGCGCCGGUGAAGAAGUCCAUGAGGGAGAAGGCUAUCGAGCGCAGAUCAGUUAAUAAAGAGCACAACAGUAAUUUUAAGGCUGGAUACGUUCCGAUCGAAGAGGAGAGGCUCCACAAAACAGGACUGAGGGGUCGCAAGGGCAUCAUUGCCAUCGGCAUAAUCAUCCUUCUCUUCCUGCUUGCGCUCAUCAAUCUCAUUAUAACGCUGGUGAUAUGGACAGUGAUACGGAUAGGUCCUGGAGGUUGUGAAAGUAUGGAGUUUCACGAGAGCGGUCUGCUACGCUUCAAACAGAAGGCAGAUAUGGGCGUGGUCCACCCACUACACAAAAGCACAGUGGGCGGCAGGAAGGACCAGGACCUCGUCAUUACUGGCAACAACAACCCAGUGGUGUUCCAGCAGGGCAACACCAAGCUGAGCGUAGAGGAAGAUAAGACGUCUAUCGUCAGCGACUUGGGCAUCUCCUUCACUGACCCACGCACCCAGACCACUUUCUUCAGCACUGACUUUGACACCCAUGAGUUCCACCUGCCCAAAGAGGUCAAGGUUCUCAAUGUGAAGAAAGCCUCUACUGAGAGAAUCACCAGCAAUGCAUCAUCUGACCUCACUAUCAAAGGGGAUGGUAAGGCCAUUAUUCGUGGCAAUGAGGGAGUUUACAUCAUGGGCAAAACAGUGGAGUUCAGCAUGGGUGGGGGCAUUGAGCUAAAAGCGGAAAACAGCAUUAUUCUGAAUGGCUCAGUGAUGUUCAGUCCUUCACAUAUACCAAACUCCUCUUUAGGGGGAGUCCUGUACUUCAGUGAAGGGCUGGAGAGGUAUAAACUUUGCAUGUGUGCAGACGGGACGCUAUUCAGAGUGCAGGUCAAAUACCACAACAUGGGCUGCCAAACAUCCGACAAUCCGUGUGGAGCAGCACACUAACGAAAGAGAAAGGAGUACCACUGGAAAACACAUACAGAUGCUCAUUAAUGCCUUCAUAUGAACAUUUAGUUUGAACUGCCAAAAGAUGCAAUGAUGGUAAUAUUUAGUUUUUUUUAUUUUCUGAAAAACUGGAUAAAAAUUGUAAUAUUAUUGUAUACACAUGCAAUACACACUAUCUGCCCUCACACUCCCACCCACUAGGACAGUUUUUUUCUACACACCCACUCUGCUUUAUUAGAGUUCUAAGAACACACACACACACACACACACACACACACACACACAUACCUCUAUGAUGAUAAUGGCUCCCUUAUAACCAUAAAUCCAAACCAGCACAAACAGCGCCGUUUUCUUUUAUGGCUGAGAGCUCUCUGUCCAUUGUCAUUGGCUCACCUCGGUGUUUUACAGCCGUUAAGCUUUCUACUUUCAGCCUUCACUGCAUGUGCUUUUUAUAUUGUAUUGUAGCAGAGUAAUUGAGUCCAGUGAUUUUCUGAGCAAUAUUAUUACACUCUUUUACUAUCCCCUCCUGUCAUUAUUAACCAUCAAGUGGGCACAUAAAAAAGGGGUGUUACUUGGGGAUUUAAAGUGGCCAAUAUUAUUAAACAGCUCAGAUGUCAUUAAGAUUUUUCAGGGUUGGUUUUUAUAUCGCUAAUGUUUACUUUGUCACGAUUUUAGCCUCUUGCUUUUCAUUUUCUUUGUUGUAUGCUCUAUCUUCACAGAAACAGAAUCAACAUAGCAAGUGGUUUUAAGCUGUAUGUUAUGUAACACUGUAAGUCUGAUCCUGAAACAGUGGAUUUUGAUGCCUCACAUCUGGAACAUAUUUUUAAGGCUUGCAUUCUAGUGCCCAGUCACCUUCUCUUGAGUGCUAUGUACUAAUGCGAAAUUACUAAUGACACAUUCAGAGGCGUGUACCAUUAUGAUAACUUUUGAUAAGAUAAAAACAGGAAACUUCUAUGAUCUAUAAUUGAGUUACCUGAGUGUGAUACUUUGUGCAAUAUAACCUUUUUGGUCUGGUUCAUCUGGUUACAUGUGUGGUAUUUAUUGUUACUGAACACAAUAUUUUUGUGAUGUCCAAACUUAAAACCUUAAGAGACUGUCAAAUGUGACACUCUUUUCAUCCCUAUAAUGAAUUGGUCUGUUAAUCUAAACCAUCUGAUCAUCUAUGACUUCAGAUCUUUUCAGCAUUGUCGGAAGGGAAGUCACAUAAAUGCUUUCAUAUUGCAGUGUUUUUGUUAAUAAAUUCAAAUGAGGUUUUGAUUGAAAAAAAAA